AUGUUAAUUUUGAAAAUGAAAUUAAAUCUUUUAAUAUUGAAUUACUUAAUUUUUGGUAACAAAAUAAGUGAAAGCAAUUGCGCAAAAUGUAAUUUAAAAGGUGUUCAGAACAGGAUUAUACCUCAUAGUGAAGGUGUACAACGAUUUCACGAAAUUGGUGUUUCUGAGCAAGCAAUAAAAAAAUUAAAGGAAAUGAAAAAAUUAGAAUUAGAAAUUUUAAAGGACUUUAUAAAAAAAGACACUGAUAAUGUGGAGAUGUAUAAAAAAUUCCACUGCAUAGCAAGUGAUUUUGUUUCUUACGACAAAAAGGAGGCAAUUGAACCCCCAAAUAAUGUAACAAAUAAAAACAAUAAACAGAAUGAACCUAUUUCGAAUGAUAAACCUAAAAAAUCUGAAAGUUUUAUAGAUAAAAUAACCUCAUUCGUAGGAAUUUUUAACUAUAAUAAUAUGAACAAAAUAUAUUCAGACCAAAUUAAGAGCAUGCAACAAGAUAAAAAACAAAAUACGGCAAACGACGAUUUGUAUAAUAAUAAUAGUAAUGGUAAUUAUAAUGAGAAUAAUAAUGAAGGAAUGGAAAUAGCAAAAAAUCAAAACACCAAUUCUUAUAUGCAAUUGAAUUCUUUUAUUUCAUUAAAAGAAAAUAUGUUUCUAGGCGGAAAAGAUAAUUCUAGUGAACAUUACGAAGUUGGAAAUUUGGGAUCGUUUUACAUGAUUUUUGGUGCUCGUAACACAGAUUAUCCUUGGGCUUGUACAUGUGAUCCUCUUCAACUAAUAGAAUAUAAAGAAAAAAAAAGAGAAUAUGUUUUAUGUAGCAACCAAGUAGAUAUGUCUAUACAAAAUGCAGAUUUAUUCUGUAAUCCGAAAAACGCUUCUUAUUUUCUUUAUUUGUCUUAUAUUUUUACUUUUCUUAUUAUAAUUGUUCAUUUUUAA